AUGUCGUACUUCUUCGCCACGCCGGUGGACAUCGACAUAGUGCUCGAAGAUAGCGAUGACCGUCAAGUGGUGGACAUACGGGAAAAGCAGCGCCGCGAGAAGGCGCCGCUGUAUAUGGACGGGGAGUCCGUCAAAGGCCAAGUCACCGUGCGCCCCAAGGACGGCAAGCGCCUGGAACACACCGGUAUCAAGGUUCAGUUCAUCGGCACCAUAGAGAUGUUCUUCGACCGCGGCAACCACUACGAAUUCCUCUCUCUAAACCAAGAGCUCGCCGCGCCGGGCGAGCUGCAACACCCCCAGACCUUCGACUUCAACUUCAAGAAUGUCGAGAAGCAGUACGAGUCCUACAAUGGUAUCAACGUCAAGUUACGGUACUUUGUGCGUGUCACCGUCGCCCGCCGCAUGGCCGACGUUAUCCGCGAGAAGGACCUUUGGGUUUACAGCUACCGCGUACCCCCUGAGAUGAACUCCUCUAUUAAGAUGGACGUCGGUAUCGAGGACUGCCUACACAUCGAGUUUGAGUACUCCAAGUCCAAAUACCACCUUAAGGACGUUAUUGUCGGCCGGAUAUACUUCCUCCUCGUCCGCCUCAAGAUCAAGCACAUGGAGCUCAGCAUUAUUCGGAGGGAGACCACCGGCGCCGCACCCAACCAGUACAACGAGAGCGAGACCCUAGUGCGCUUCGAAAUAAUGGACGGCUCCCCCUCCCGCGGCGAAACCAUUCCCAUCCGACUAUUCCUAGGCGGCUUCGACCUAACACCCACCUUCCGGGACGUGAACAAGAAGUUCUCUACGCGGUAUUACCUAAGCCUAGUCCUCAUCGACGAGGAUGCGCGGCGCUACUUCAAGCAGUCGGAAAUAAUCCUAUAUCGGCAAGCACCCGGCGACGCCGUCGAGUCUCAAGGCGUCGUCUCUGUCCCCGAGUCCACGCGUCCCCCCAUGGCCUUAACUGCCCAAGCGUAG